CAUAUUCCUUGGAUAACGUGCAUUUCAUUCUCAUGCGUUGUCACAAGUACUUUUGCUUUGAUGAUGAAGCCUGAAAGUCUGAAACUAAGAUCCUAACACCAAUUUAUUACUCGAAUCCAUGAUUGCUACCUGUUUUCUCCAAAAGGCAUUCGUACAUGUUAACUCAUGCUAGCUCUGGUUCCGAGCAGGACAAAGUAAGGAAGCAAACACAUGAGAAACCAAGAUCGAGAUUGGGCUCUUCCAUCAAACCUUCACCACAUCUUUCAGUGUCAUCAGUUCCUCCUCCCAUCUAUUUCCUCCACUCUUCUCAGGCAAUGCUGUUCACUUCUUUUGCUGCCUUUUUUUAGCUAAGACAGCGUAGUCAAUACAGAUAAGAGUUAGAAGAACGGUGAGACCACAGGAAUGCUGGGAGUUGAUCAGGGAACUGCGCCUCCACCUACUUCAAUAUCUAAAAGGAAGCAACUGUUUUCCACUGCCAUGAAGAGAACUAGCGAAUGGAUUUAUUCACAGGAGAUCCCAAGCGACAUAGAGGUGAAGGUGGGAGGUGCUAUUUUGCCCUUGCACAAGUUCCCCCUGGUUUCAAAAUGUGGUUAUAUCCAAAAGCUAAUAUCUGAAGUCAAUUACCCCAAUAACUCGACGAUCGAAAUCCCGGACAUGCCCGGAGGCAUCGAAGCUUUCGAGCUGGUGGUGAAGUACUGUUAUGGCUUAAACUUCGAGAUCACGGCAGACAACAUCGCCAUGCUCCGGUGCGCGGCCGAUCACCUGGAGAUGACGGAAGAAUACUCGGUCGGGAAUCUAGUUAGCAGAACAGAGGCUUACUUGGAAGAAGUCGCACUGACGGGUCUCUCGGCCGCCGUCACCGUGCUCCACAAAGCAGAGGAGCUUCUCCCCAUGUCGGAGAAGGUGAAGUUGGUGAGUCGGUGCAUCGACGCGGUGGCGCUGAUGGCCUGCGGUGACAGCCUGAGCCAGCUGGGUUCGUCGUCGACCACUACUGACAAUUUCCAAGAAGGGUUUUCUUUGUCGUCGCAGUCGAAGCCGAUCGUGGAUUGGUGGGCAGAGGAGCUGACGGUGCUCAGAAUUGAUACAUUUCAACGAGUACUGAUGGCGAUGAAGGCGAGGGGGUUCCGGCAGUAUGAUAUCGGGCCGGUGAUCAUGUUAUAUGCGCAGAAGUCCCUGCGAGGUUCGGACAUCUUCGGGAGAGGAAGGAAGAAAUUCGACCCGAAGCAGGAACACGAGAAGAGAAUCAUACUAGAAACAGUGGUGAAUCUCUUGCCGAGGGAGAGGAACGCUAUGUCCGUCAGCUUCCUGUCGAUGCUUUUGCGAGCAUCCAUUUUCCUGGACACCACCGUGGCCUGCAGGCUCGACUUGGAGAAGAGGAUGAGCCUGCAACUGGGUCAUGCAGCGCUGGACGAUCUACUCAUUCCUUCGUUUACCGUCGACGGCGACUCAACGUUCGACGUCGACACUGUGCAGAGAAUACUGAUCAACUACCUGGAGCACGAGGCCAAUGCGAGCCGCGGCGGUUACAACACCGACGACGACUUCAUUUCUCCGCCGCGCAUCGACGUGGAGAAGGUCGGCCGGCUUAUGGAGAGCUACAUCGCGGAGAUUGCUUCGGAUCCCAACUUGACCAUCGCGAGGUUCACUGGCAUCGCGGAGUUGGUGCCGCAGCGUGCGAGGAUUAAUGAAGACGGCAUGUACAGAGCAAUUGAUAUAUACCUUAAGGCUCAUCCAUCGUUGACGGAUACGGAAAGGAAGAAGAUUUGCGGCUUGAUGGACUGCCAGAAGCUGUCCAGGGAGGCCUGCGCCCACGCGGCGCAGAACGACAGGCUGCCGGUGCAGACCGUGGUUCAAGUCCUUUACUCCGAGCAGCAGCGCAUCAGAGAUACCACCGGCAUGAGCGGAAGCCUCACCGGCGCCGAUUCCCCCGCGCUGUCGAUCCGGUCGGGGUACAGCCGCAGCGGCGGAACCGACGAGGUCUGGCGGUUGCAGAGGGAGAACGACGACCUGCGCAUGCAGCUGCUGAGGAUGAAAAUGCAUUUGAAGGAUUCGGAGAUUCAACCGGUGAAGAUGGCGGCGGCCGACAAGCCGCCGUUGCCGAAGAAGACGUUCAUGAAUUCUUUGUCGAAGAAGCUUGGCCGCCUCUACCCCUUUUCCGGUGCCGACGGCGCCAGGCCUUUCUCCGGCAAGGCCCGAACAAAGCCACCGAAAGAUCGGAGGCAUUCCAUCUCUUAAAUUUGCGGCUUCUUUAUUUUUCACUGGUGUGCGUGCAAUCAUCCUUUCAUUCUUGUGUUAAAUAAAUGUACCUCUUCCUCCUCUCAUUUCUGUCACGAUCUUGCUGUAAAUUAUAGAUCAGACACUAAUGCAUACGAGGUGAAUUCGUAUA